GAAGUGAACAUGUCUAUAAAAAGCUUUCUUAAAAAAAAAAAAAAAAUGGCAUUGUUUAAAUGCUUAUAUAGAUGUUAGUUCAGUGGAUUAUUUCAGUCUUAUUUAUUUUUGAGUGAACUAAGAGUUAGAAAGCUGAGCGCUUUUGUGUAUGAAGCUGCUUUUCCAAAAUGGCCGCCACCUCGCCUCGUGGUGUUGUGUUUAUUAUUGCAGGUUAUAUAUUUUCGGUGUUUUUACUAAAGCGCAUUCUAUGUUUUUUUUUGUCCAUGUAGGGUUGCAGACAUGGGCCUCAGCUGCAGACGUGUUGGAAAUGGUGUUACAGAAUGGUCUGAAGAUUUCACCUAGCUGCUUUUUUUUUUUUCUUCUUUGUGGUUUAAUGUUAAACGUCCACUAAUCAAGUCUGUUCCUGUUAUCAUGUGAAAGGAGCUGCGUUCCUUGACUGAGGUUGGUGUGUAGAACGUGAUGAGGAUGGAGCUUUUGUACUUUGAGUGCAAAAGAUCGAUGCAGAUUGUGUUGCCGCACCAGUGCAGAGAGAGAUGUGCUGUACCUUCAGUAUGAUUAUGUUCAUGAUGCUUUUUAAAAUGUAAUGCUAAGUUGGCAUUGAUGUAGCAGCUGAUACAAAUAAAGCUCUGAAGUGUGCAUCAAGGCUUCCUGCUUUUUAGUGUCACAUUACUGGACUGUUAACCUUUUGGUUCUCAGACAUUAUCACUUUUUAAUCUUUUUAGUUAUCAAAUUAUUCUUUGGCAUUUGAUACCCUUGUGAACCACUUACAUACAACACCUUGUAAUAAGUGUAUGUUUGUAUGUAUGCAUAUUGCUGGUAUGUUUUCAGCACUUCCUGCUAUUACAAAUACUCAAAUUCUGUAUCCACAUAGUUUGCCUAUACUGGACCCUCAUGUUUGACUUCCUGUGCUACCUGUUUUGUUAGACUCCUGUCUUAUGUCCCUCAGGUUUUAUCCUCUUUUGUUCAUGUGGUAAUGACUGCAAAUAUAAACCUCUACUCCAUUUAGUCUGAAUUUGUCUGGACAGGGCUUACUAAACAUUAGUAUAUUUUUUUUAUACAUAUCUAUACUGUUAAUGGGCUUUUAGUGAACACCUGCAUUUCUUCUGAUGCUUUAGUGUCACUAGAUUUUCAUACUUUGGCUUUAACCCCUGCACAAAUCCAAACCUUGUUCUAACCUUACUGUAAGGCUGAUUAAAUGGUUAGUUACUGCUGUACAACGAAAGCUAGCCAUAUUCAUGACGUUCAGUUUUCACCAAUUUUUUUCUCUCCGUUCCUCCACCUCACAAUAUUUAAUAUAACUGCUUGGGUUCAAUUUAGCAUUUUCAUUUUUUUAAGGUCAUUUUGCAUGUCACUUUUGAUUUUGCUUUAGGAAAAAAUGUUUCCUAGCAAACAUUUGUUUCCUAACAGCAUGUGUGAUGAAAAAUGAAGUUUUCUACCAUAAGAGUGAAAUAUAAAACACCAUAACACUACAGCUAUUUGUGAGUGUAGGACUUGUAUUAUGAAAAAAUGAGGACUGUUGACAUAUUUAACGAUAUUGAGUCUUCCUUUAUAUCCUGUAUAGCCAAUAAUUUUGUGUUUGUAGCUGAAAUCACACUCGCAGAAAUGUACAGCUAUUUACAGUGUUUUAGUGUAGUGUAGCUACUUAGCUGUUUAAAUGUCAACCAGCUAGCAAAAUAUUCAUAUCCGGUUAGACUAAUGCUUAAUUUACUUUGAACAUUUGCACUAUUCAGAGUUUUAAAAUGUCACAACAGCUGCUGCAGUAGAAAUUCAGGUAACUUCAGUUCACUCAAAGCAACUCUCAGGCUAGUUAAUUUCCUUACACUUCCUGCUACGUCAAAGCCGAGUGUGAAGUAAGGAAGCGAAUUCUGAUUCUUUUUAAUGAAUCGGAUCAUUUGGUUCAUCUCACCAGUAGGAGCCGACUCAUUCGGCUCUCAAAUAGCUCGUUGUCAUUUUUUCCCCUCUAAACGGACAAAGUUUGCAAUAUUACGCCCAGUGAUCAUUCUACUUCGCCUGACGAUGGCUGAAAUUGUUCCGUGUAAUCUUACUCUACCUCCUAAUUAAUAAAAUAACCUUAUUUUGCAUUGCAUUCACUUUGCGUUACUGUUGCUGUGUCUAAGCUUCAUUAAGAAGAUUCACGAUUCAUUCAGGACGAUUCACAUUCUCUCUAACAAACGACUCCGAUGUUAAAGAAGCUUUUCAGCGAAGAAUUUGGAUUAAAUUACCUUGUAAGAGCGACGGUAUUGCUUUACAUUUACAAAAAAUAAAAUCGGCUCAUAUAUUCGAGUCACCUAAAGGAACCGGAUCAAAGAGCCGAUUCAUUCGCGAAUGAAUCAUCACUCGUGUGAAGUUGGCAGCAUUGGAGCUGGUCCUUGCUUGCUAGGCUCACGUUAGCCUUUCUCCUGACAGAGUUUGAAUGAUGUAGGCAGCUAUACUAACAAAACUUGUCAGUAAUUAUGAGUUAAUUUUGCAUAGUUAUAUAGUUGACUAAUGAAAUAGUGAGUUAGAUAGGUAGUAUUUUAAAUAAACUAGCUAACGUUGGCUUGAUAAACAUCGAACUGCUAAAGACGCCAGACUGUAGAGAGAUGAAAAUACCGUCAACAUUGGCCCCUUAAGCGAUUAAUUAUUGCCAUUUAUAUGCUCAAAUAUCGGAAUAAUUACACGUAAGUUGACCGACAAUGUAUAUUUAUUCAUUUUAACCUUGAAUGUGUGGUUAACUGUUAGCUAACUAGCCGUAUUGUUGGCUUUUUGGGGCGGGUGUGUCCUAAAUUAGUUUGACUCUUCUUCAGCUCUUGACAACAAAGCACAGGUGUGGUGGUGAGCAACGCCUUUAAUUCACUUCACCUCAUUUUUACACGACAAAAGACAUUUACUGAAGACAAAACCGAAAGCAUUACAUGAUCACUACAUGAUGCUCAUGUGACUUAUAUAUCAUAUAGUGAUGUUUAUGAGUUUAGGAUUAUCAUAAGGUUAGCUUAAGCAAAUAAGGUUCUAAACUAACUUAGCUUAUUUGAACAUAUUGGAAGAGGAAAAGAAAAGAAAAGCCAUGUCAGCUGUUGUAGGACGAGUUUGGGCGUGGAUUAACCCAGGAAACUUGUAUCGCCCUUGGGCUAGUAAACCCAAAAGUGAGAAAAGUCUUACAGUUGAGUGUCAGGAGAGAAGCAGAUGGAGUCUGGGAGGGUUAACCUCUUGGGUUUGGGGUGGAUGGAGAGACCGAAGCGACCAAAAAACCCCAACCGAAGAAUACUGGGAAGCUCAGGAAGAGAUCCUCAAACCUUUAGAAAUAGAAGAUCUGAAUGCAGAAAGACUCGUGACGCCUCCUCCGCAAAGUCCUCCACGAUGGUGGAAGCGGAUAUUCAAUUCUGCAUUUCAUGUAUGGCCAUUGUCAAACAAGGUCAGUGGACUCAAUCAGAGAAACGAUGGAUCGUGGGAUUCUGACGCAAAAGAUGCCGAUUUUUCCGAUUACGGAACCCCUCCUCCGUCUCCCGUUCCGCUUUCCCAGAGGUCGUCUACGUUCCGCUUCUUUGCUCAGUCGUGGUCCGGAGAAAUUCUCCCAGAGCAUUACGAGAUCUGUUUCAAUUUCCUUCGCCACCUCUUUGACCUGUUUGUAGUCGGCUUCCUUUGGACGGUCUCGCCUCCUGCCAAGUUCGUCCUGGAUGUUCUGGGUGUCCAGGGCGCACUGAAGCUGUGGCUCCACGGCAUGGCCAUGUUCCUCGUGUCCUCUGUAGGAAUGGCCGGCCUGCUGUGGUUGGUUCAGGAGUACCUGCCUCAGUUCGCACUGGUUUAUGGCAUCAUCCAGGCACUGGUCAUUUCCGUCAGCGUGCGACAGAGCGUGAUUUUGGGGGCAGAAGAAGACGGGAAAGAAGAUGAGGACAGCGAGGAAGAAACAGAAGAUACUUUGGCGCAGACACAAAGCAGUAGCCCUGCCAGCAAAAGUGUGACUGUGUCUUGAAGACAGAAGGUUUUAGGGCUGUGAGGAGACACUACAAACUGACUGCUUGAGCACAAAGCCAGUAUACGAGCCAAACGUCGGUGAUUAAGUCGUUAUGAAGAUGUUACAAUCUUACCAGCACUCCUUUUUCUCAAUUAUACAGUUUCAUUCACACUCUGACAGGAGAAAAGCCUGAACUUAAAGGAACGCUGUUUUCAUUACUACAAUUUUGAAUGGACUUUUUAAGAAUAUAAUGUUCAAAGACAAAACUGUGCAUUGGAGCAGAAGACGAAUGAUUCAUCAGCAUUUUGGAAAGUUGCCAGUGAGAUUUUUGAGUACAAAAUGCACUGUAAAGGCACUUUUAACACGUACGGAUGGAGAGAGAGAAAUGACCCUGCUGUGAUAUUUACCACAUAAUUUAACUUCAGGAAGCCACACAGCUGAUUGGUUUUAACCUCUGGAGAGAGUUGGCAGAGAUUUAACUUGAACCUGAAGUGGCUUCAGCGUUCAUUAUCAGCACCAGCUCUUCUUAACUUCAUUUUUUUUAAAUACUUUGCCCAACUCCAAGCUUUGCUAAACUCCAUUUACAGUAUUUGUAUUUCACUACAUUUGUAAUUAGAGCAGAGUAAUGAUAUUCUGUGUGAUUUAUAUGUGUAUUUAAACAGCACAUCCAUAAUCAUGGAGUCUUUUUUUUAGGGGUACUCGGGAACAUCAUUAGGUCACUAGACAUAGUAAAGAAAGUGGACUUGCUUUUGACUCUAUGGUACACACUAGCCAGGACCUGGCUGCAUUAUUAGAUUUGAUCUGUUGCUUUAUUCUCAUGAUCAUUUCCACUAUUAUAUAUUACUUAUUUAAUGUGUCUGUUUAUCCAUGGGGUUUGUGUAUUUGUAUCAGAGAACAAUGUGUUUUUGUUCCAUUCAUAUUCAGUUGUUUGAUGGCUGUUUUGAAUAAUCACUACUUUGAAUAUUGUCCUUGUACAACGUUUCUGACACACGUGCCUCAGUAUGGCCCAUUAGGGUUUGUUUUAUAGCCUUGUUUCACACUAACACCAUAUUGAGAUUGUUUUAGAUGUCUCUUCCUUGCAAGUCUUGUUUUUUUGGUUUUUUUUUCCUUUUCUGUGACUGUUAUUUCAGAGCAUGAUCAGUGGUGAAAUGUUUUAAUAAAAAUGUCUACAUCUAGCAUUGUUCAACAAGCAUAUCUUAAAUGAAAAAUAUCUACAACAUUUUCUGUUCAUGUCAAAGUCUAGUUAAUGCACUUUAAGAUUUUUUUUUUUGUCAGUUUUAUGUGUUUGCACUGUUCAUUAAAGUGCAGGGUCACUGUACAACUCAGAUGUGUAAAAAUCUGCUGUGUAAACUAGGAGUGAUCGCUGUGUCCUUUCUGAGAGAGGGAACAUGAAUAGAUGCGUAUGAUGUAGCUGAGAUCUUUCAAAGUUCUUCAGUAAUCACUGAUCAGCACAUUGAGCCUGAAAUAUUUGCCGAAAUAAAUCUUCUGUUUUUUUCCUGAAGCAUA